AAUUUCUCAAUUUCAGGAAAGGCCAAUAGGUAAUAUCUGACCACCUCACCAGCGAGAAGAAUCCUCACUCAUUCAGAAAAAAGGAAACCAAGGCGAGGAAGAGAGAUAAACCAGCAUCAUCUUUCAAAACAAUAUCAUUUAUACUUCUGAAAUAAAUCAAGAAGGAUUUCAAAUACUCAAGGAAGAGGAGGCUCUCAGGCCUGAUUUUUUGGGUUCCAUCUUAGAUUUGCAGCUGGAUCACUCAAUUGGGGUAAGUGGGCCGGCGAUUGAAUGGCUAUAGGUCACAGUGUUGAUCGCGGGGCUAAAUUGUUGUGCAGAAUGUCCUGCAUUGUGCAUGGUACAUCACUGUCAGUAUUGAAGAGGAGAUACAGUAAUAUUCCCUUGGUUAAUACAAGCGAAGCCAGGCUGGGUGUUUUCUGGGACGUACAGAGCUGUGGCGUUCCGGAUGGACUUUCCGUUCGAGACGUUGCACUUAACAUCACAAAAUUUCUGCGUAAAGGUGGACAUAAUGAACCCAUCACCACUUUCAGAGCCUAUGAAGAUGCAGCCUCUACUGUUAUUCUCAAUCUUCAGGAGCAAUGGAACAGAUUCAGUGUCAUUGAUGGAGAUAAUUCAGUUGAGGUAUCAGUUGUGAAACCCCCUUGGAUUGGCAAAGCGAUUGUCACGGAUAUCUUUGGGUUUGCCCUUAACAAUUCGCCCCCCUCCAAGAUUCUUUUAUGCUCUACGAAAACAGAUGUUGCUGCUGCCAUGCUGGAGUUCAAGAAACGAGGCUAUGUUAUUCUGCUUGGCCAUCCCACUGCCAAAGUGGAAAAAAACCCAACCCUGUCUUUAGUUGGCGGACGAUAGAGUGGCAGCAAUAAACCGAUGAUGGAGGAUGAAAUAAAAGCAUUGUCGGGACUCUUUUUUAUGGUUAUUGAUACAUUGCAAGACUCCGAAGAAAAAAACUACUCGUCUAAUAUCUUUAUGUUAGAGUGGAAAAUUGUGAAGGAACAAGCUUUUCCAUGUCUUGAGUUGUAUUUGGUGUUGUUUAAAAAUCUACAAUUUAAGAUGGUUGCGGUUGUUGUAUGAAUUGGUGAGGAAGUGUAUUGAAGAAAAAUUGUUGUUUUUUAAGGCAUAGAUUUACUAUUAUUUUUUUGGGUGAAUAAUGCCUUGCUGGCCAUGAAUAUUAAUGUUGGGCAUUAUUAAAUCAUUUUUUAUUAAAGAAAAACUUUGUUGGACGUCUAAAACUUUAGGAUUUAG